AUGACAUCGACAUAUUCGGCAACAUGGUCCCCUACAGAAGGCGAUCAAGCAGUUCUCCUCCUUACCCAGGCGUCAGAAGAGCGGAGACAUGGCGAGGUGAAGACAAUAACGACACCAGCCAAGAUAAAACAAGAUAAAUGGACGUAUGAGGACUACAAUAGCGUCUUGAAGCAAAUUGUCGGCCCCGGAUCCGUACCUGUUGGCGUUAUUGAGAGCGUCCUACAUCUUUACAAGAUGUAUCAGCCAAAAAAGGCCCGAACAGGAUCCUUGAAAUGGCGCAAGUCAGCGACGGAUGAUGAAACGGAUUCUCUGAUGGCCGAUCUAAUGACAACAGCUUUGACAAAUAACCGACUUGAUCAACUUCGAGCUUUAGCUCACUCCGUUAGCUCGGCUGUUGUCAGCAGAGUCAUUCCCAUGGCGAUUUGCACAGAUAAUAUACAUGGCCUCCAGGUUCUCAUGGAGGAGAAGGCUGAUACAAAUACCUUCCCGGAGGGCUUUUUGGGAUCUAUUGUAGCCGGAAAGCUGGAUCUUAUCCGUCUCUUACUUCGAUCGCAAAGACCUGUUUCAGAUGCUAUCACCACACAGGCCUUACCCGCUGCAGUCAAACUUGGCAACGUUGAGGUGGUCCAGUUGCUUCUCGCCCAUGGAGCCAAUUCUAAUCUCGAUAACGGCAUAGCACUGAAAAAUGCAAUUGAUGCCGACCGUGGUGAUAUCAUCAUCUUGCUUCUGUUAUGCAAGAUACCUCCCGCUGGCGCUCUGUUAGGAUCGAUGGUAUCAUAUGUGUGGUCAGCACCUCACAUUUUUGCCGGACGCCAAUACCAACUUAUUGAGAUAUUAUUGAAUGGAGGUGCCUGCGGCAACGAUGUUGAUGGUGUCUUAUUCGAUUCUGUCACGCACCGUUGGAGCAAUUUAGUGCAGUUGCUGAUGAGAAAAGGAACUUCUAUUACCUGUUGUGACGGCCAAGCUUAUAGAGAAGCAGUACGUGCCGUUGAUUACGACAUGCUUGAACUUCUCAACGGGGACGAUUUAGGGAAAGACUUAGCAAGCGACAUUUUUGGCUCCAUUGGCAGCACUCGGUAUGGACAAGAAAUAUCACCGGAUGACUGGUGGAAGCUUGGCUCAUCACUUCUGCUCCAAGGAGCUACCGGCGAUGUUGUUCAUGAGGCCUUGAUCAAUCGAGUGCAGGCGAGGGAUCUAAAAAGCAUCGUCUUGCUCCUUGAUUUCGGUGCGUCGGUGGAUUAUGAAUGUGGGCGUGCAUUGGUUAUGGCAGUUUUGCUCCAAGAAUUGGAUUAUCUCGUACUGCUCCUUCACCAGCAGCCUAAAAUUAAGUCGGUUAACACAGCCUUUGCCCAUGUGACCAACAUUCCACAUGAUAUACAGUUGGACAUGACUCGCAGACUCCUCGAGGCUGGAGCAACCGGAGCUUCUGUGGAUGUGGUCCUGGAUAUCGCCGUGAAUCUUCCUGUUUGUCAACGUAAUUAUGACUACAUUGAAGCUCUAGUUGAUGGUGGUGCAGAUGUUGGCCAGGGAGAGGGUUCUUUGUUCUACAAAGUCGUCCAGGAUGGAGACGUCAAAGUCCUUGAAAUUUUACUGGGUGGCAAGUUCCCGAAUUCCAUUCUUUUCACAUGCAUCCCACUUGCUAUGAAGCUUGACGAAGAACGAUGUUACAAUAUAUUGGAGAUCCUGCUCGACAAUGGCGCAAACGGCGGUCCUGUGAUUGGCCAGGCUCUGGUUGAUAGCAUCGACGAAGUGAGAGAUUCGUCGAUCCGGGUGACUGAGCUGCUUUUAAAGACUGGGGCCGCGAGCACUGCCUUUAAUAGAGGAGAAGCAUUCAAAAAAGCAACAGUGUGCCGAAGUCUUACGUUUCUGAGGCUUUUGCUUCAAUUUAACCAUCUCGACGAGUCGCAAUUCUGUUCAUGUCUCUUACUCGCCAUAGGUCUCCCUCGCGACCAUGCGAGACUAGGAAAAGAUCAAGCUUUUCCUCGCAAUCCACGUGGACAUGUCAAGCGAACAUUGGACCGCCUCUCUGAACCAUGA